AUGACUGCGUUGUCCAUAGAUCAGCCUGACCUGGACCUUUGUGCGUCACUACAGCGGGAGGAAUGGGAAGUCUUGGAGUCGAUUUACCCAGACUGUGUCUCGAACGACAUAAAGCAUGGGAUUGUAAAGCUGGAAGUCCCCAUCGAGUUUCCGGACCCAAGAUCUAUCGCGUUGGUUGACGAUCAUACAACGCCUUUCAGGCGAACGGACCGUUUCCCUCAUGGUCUCCUUCAUUCUCGGACAGCUGGCCUUUCUAUAUUAUCUCUCUCCACACUUCCGCCCAUUCUACUGGAUGUACUAUUACCGCCUACCUAUCCAUAUACGCCCCCGGAAAUUGUAUCGAUACAUGCAACACAUUCGUGGUUACCUCGUAAUCUUGGUCUGCACCGCAGUUUGAUGGAAAAGUGGCGAGAAGGAGAAGGAGUUCUAUACACUUGGGUAGAGUGGAUCCGCACCGGAGAUUUCUUAGAUGGGUGUGGACUCGUUUCGAGCUCGGAAGAAGGAACUAUAAUUUCCAUACCACAUCCUGCCGUUCAUCAACUUAAUUCGUUCCUGAAAGCGUACGAUACUUCAGCGCAGUUGACAAGAUUCUCCCAGAACUCAUAUUCAUGCGAAAUUUGCUUGACAUCCAUCAAAGGAGCUCGGUGUAUACUGCUGUCCUGUUCACACGUGUUCUGUCGUGCUUGCCUAGAAGACUUCUGGAAGCUAUGCAUCAAGGAGGGAGACGUUGGACGUGUAGGGUGUCCAGAUCCGGGAUGUGUCAAGGAGGGACGAGAAGCGAACGAAGAGGAUGUGAGGAGAGUGGUUACGGAGGAAGAGUUGAAGAGGUGGAAAUGGUUGCGGGAGAAGCGCACACUGGAGAAAGAUCCAACUCUCAUUCACUGUCCAUUAUCGUUCUGCCAGCAUCCCGUAGCCAAACCACAGAACGUCGAGGAGGGGUCUGGAUGGGAACGCCUGAGGACAUGUCUCGAAUGCGGAUUCUCGUUUUGUGCUUAUUGCAGACGUACAUGGCAUGGUCCCCUUAGUGAGUGCACGAUCGCCUCGUCCGAUUCGCUCGUAUCCAGAUACAUGGAGCUGCCGGAGCAAUCUCCUGAGCGGCAGCUUAUAGAUCGACGAUAUGGAAGAGCCAAUCUCCUGCGCCUUGUGGCGAAAUACGAGGAGGACCAGGCAAACAGGAAGUGGCUCGAGCAAUCUACAAUGGCCUGCCCGACCUGUCAGGUGCAUGUAGAGAAGUCGAUUGGCUGCAAUCACAUGACGUGUGCAAAGUGCGGCACCCACUUUUGCUAUCGGUGCGGCGCCAAGCUGUUGGCGCAGGACCCGUACGCGCACUUUUCAAGGCCGGGACAGAGAUGUUACAUGAAGCUGUUUGACAUCCACAGCGAGGAGAAUGACUGGCAGCCGGUAGACCUGUUUGACAAUGUGUAG